CGCAGAAGUGUGCGCGCGUGCGUGUGUAUGUGUGUGCGCGGUGUAAGCGUACGUUGCCGUGGUAGCCGCAGUAGAAGAUCGGCGGCGAGUGGAGACGCGCUUGUGUGCUUGCAAGCGCGCCCUCUCGCUCUUAACAUAUAAUAUAUCUUUGUCGAAUUGUUUUUCGACUUAGCGUAACGAGAUUACUGAACAAUUUCACUAUGGCCCUCGAAGAUCAAUCAUCGGCGGAGCUCUCCAAAGGGUUGCGCCUGCUGAAACACACAUGCCUGCUGGCGGACACCUUGUUGAGCAGCUUGAUUGACCUUGUUCCCAGUUGGAUCUCCGGUUACAUCCGAUGGUGCCCAACUUCAACUGAGCACCUUGAAGAGGCUGAGCGAAAGCUGCUGUCCUAUGUGAAGCUUCCUGUUCGGUCGUCAUUUGUGACUAUAGACUCAAUCCUGGGCUGCAAGGGCAACCACCAGAUCCGUACCCUUCAGCUGGGUCCCAGUACCAAAGUAGCUGCAGAGGAAGAGCGGGUUCCUCUCGUGCUGGUGCAUGGCUUUGCUUCGGGAGUGGCUCUCUGGCUGCUCAACCUGGAUUACCUAGCCCAGGACCGCACAACGUACUGCUUUGAUCUGCUGGGCUUUGGCCGCAGUUCACGGCCACGCCUCUCGAGGGAUCCUCUGGAAGCUGAAUACCAGUUUGUGCAGAGCAUCGAAGAGUGGCGAGCACAGGUUGGUCUUGAUCGCUUUGUAUUGCUGGGACACAGCAUGGGUGGCUUCCUGGCUGCCUCAUAUGCAUUGCGCUUUCCCGAGCGUGUGGCCCACCUUGUACUUGCUGACCCAUGGGGUUUCCCUGAGCGCAACACGCCUCGUCCAGCGCUGCAGCUGCCAAGUUGGGUCCGUGUGGUCUCCACCUUGCUCAGCCCCUUCAACCCUUUGGCUGCUGUGCGAAUUGCAGGGCCUUGGGGUCCACGGCUAGUAGAAAAGAUCAGGCCAGAUAUUGGAAAGAAGUACGGACAUGUGGUGGAUGAUAAGCAGACAGUUCCACACUACAUAUACCACUGCAAUGCUCAAACACCUAGUGGAGAGUCAGCAUUCAAGGCCAUGAUGACGCAGUAUGGUUGGGCCCGACACCCUAUGAUUAGCCGCAUUGGAGAGCUGCAUCAAGGUGUGCCUAUGACGUUCAUCUACGGCUCAAGAUCUUGGGUUGACAAACAGCCUGGUAUUCGUGUUCAGCGACUUAGGCAAGAGAGUGAAGUGGAUGUUGAGAUCAUUGAUGGUGCUGGCCAUCACAUCUUUGCUGACAAACCUGAUCAAUUCAAUGAAAUUGUGUCGAAGAUCUGUCGUGGAGCGGAUGCAGCUGAAAAGACAAAUUGCGUCUUGGCUGAGGAGAAGGAAAGAGAAGAGCGGGAGCAGAGAGAAAUGAUACAUCGACUAGCUCUCUGAAAGGCUUGCUAUAAGAUGUUGUUACGCUUCAUUUUGAUUCAGAACCACGGCACCUUUAUUGGGCUGUGUUUAAAAUUAUUGCCAUCAGCGUUCACUUGAGUGAGGAAUUUAAUGCCAAAUGCAGCAGAUCUUAGUUGCAAACAUUUUGCCAUAUUCUAGCACUAGCCAACGUAGACUUGUACCACCACUUCAUUAUUUUAUUAUUUCUUUGUGCAAAAAUUGCUCACAAUCUGCUGUACACGAUUGGAGGUAUGUAAAAGAAUGGUCAGAAGAUAGGCAUGUGUACAAGUCUCAGCUAUGAAGUUUCUGCUAAAGGAUGAUUGUAACUGCAGGUGUUAAAUGACUAUGUGCAAAAGCAAGCUUGCACUCGGAUGACAAUUUUUUGAUUGCAUAGCUGUGUGAAAGUCACUGCUUGGCCUAUAUUGAAGUUGGAAGUGUUCAGUUCUAAAUAUGAAGCUUUUGAGAAUGGCUAUGUUGAGAGAUAGAUGGACUAUGUUUGGGAACUGCCUUAAUGGUUGUGUGUGGUGCGUAUGUGUUUUGGCAUUUCUGCCAAACUCGCUUGUUAACUUCAAGUACCUUCUCCUUCGGGUCACUGUUGUGCACUUGUAUUUUUUCCUUCCAUUGUGCACCAAGUUGCUGCUAAGAGUGUUCUGCCAUGAGGUUUGACUGCGAUUAGGAAUCUGUGGUUGAUCUGGAGAACCCACUUGAGUAACUUAAGUCUAAAUCUGUCAGUUGGAAAGAAAAAUAAUGCUGGACCAUAGUGAAAGUUGUCGUGGCAGCAGAUUUGGAAACAGUGCAGCAUACACUGCUUCUGCUUCUCUGUGAUUAAAAAAGUGUCAAGAUCAUUUGACAUACAACUGCUCUCGCUGUUGAAGUGAGCCUGACAGUGUCAGGAAACACAGCCAGCAUUCAAAAAAGGCAAAGUUGUGCAUUAAUGUUUACUUGGAAUGCUAAAACAAUGCAAGGUCAUUUUAUGUAAAAGUGACAUGAUACCAUCUUGAACUUCUGGCUUUAAUCCAUGCCUUCAUACAAUCAUUGUGUGAAGGUGCAGACUAGUGUGAAAUAAGUGCUAAACCUGAGCCCAAUUCACAUUGACAUAUAGAAAGUGGAUUCUGUGGUGAAACAAAAAUGCCUGCUCUAGAUCAACCAUUGGAUUUUACUAUAUGUCAUCCGCUUUUAUGAAGCUAAGAUUUGCAGUCCUUAAGAGUAUAACUGAGACUGUUAAGGGUUGUGCACACUACCACCUAAUGUCAUUCGCCUUCUGGAAUUCAACAAAAUGUAAAUAUUUUGUCACAGAUUUUUCUUAAGUCUAGCACAGUCGGCCUCUGUAGCAGAUGUAGGGUCUGAAUUAGGGUAAAUGAAAUUACUUAAAUUAAAACUAAUUGGGUGCUUAGAGGAGCAAACUGUUAUUUUUGCCUGUAUAUGGUGACUAGCACCAUGACUUCUUUUAUAGCCAUUCUUAUGAGGCACAGAAAUUUUUAGGUAGCUUUAAAACAUCAAACAAAGGUCACUUCAUUGGUGGGUUAGCACAUAUGAUCUAGAGUCUACACAUAAUGGAUUAUUUUUUAUGUGCAAUUGAAAUUUUUGCUAUGGAUGGCUGAGAAUUAUGAACAAAUUUGGUGUCAGUACUCUUUUGUUAUUGUUUUUGAGAUUUUACUGUUUUUGCUUAGAGAGCUGGUCUCUGUUUGUGGGAAUUCCACGAGCUGCUUAAUCAUGUUCCUCUUGAAGGACAUGCACUGUUUCUUCAGAAAAGCGACCCCGUGCAAGUGAUGUUAGCCAUAUUUGUUUCGUGUUAGUACACUUCUCAGCCAAAUAUUUUUGAAGUAUUCGAGACUUCAAAUCCUAAAACUAACCCUUAAAGAGAACUAACCCUAAAACGUGAGAAACUCCCAGCUUUCCUAGUAGGUUACAGCACAGAAAAUGUUCCUGUGAUAUCACGAGUUGUAUACGAAAUUUAGUUCAGCGAGGUCAGGUAAGAUAUUGUAACCUGGUGCCCGGUGAAGUGUGCAAAUUCUGUUGAUGUAUUAUUGUUGUAUAGAGUGGACAUUAGCAAAAGAUAAGUUGCUGUGUUAAUAUUAAUUUGACUGCUGGUUCAUUUAUCCCCUGUCUCACCAAAGUUUUGCAAGUCAGGAAGGCUGCAGUGAUUUCUCCAUGCAGUGUCAUAAGUGGGCUUGUGUGGCUCAACUGAAUAAGAUUACAAGAUAAAAUCUAAAAUAAUGUACUUUAGUCAUUAAAUAAAAACUAGCCUUACGGCGCUGUGUCUACACUUGCAUGUGCCGACAUAACGCCUCAGAAUCCCAAGCAUUAAACAGACACCAAAGGCAAAUAUUAAGUCAACAUAGACUGUUAGAAUACCAAUCCAGAAACCUCACAGUGCUUGUGUCAUGCCAACUUAGUUCCUUAGUUCCAGAGAAACUUGCAACGGAAGGGGCUGCAUUACUCUAGCGCUAUGCAAAUCGCUCGCCACGAGUGAGGUGGCGUGACAUUGCAUACGUUAUCACUGCCCUUUACUACUGUCAGUGAGUGAACCGGUGCUGCAGCUUUUUGCGUGAAAUGUGAAAGUGAGGUCAGAAACCGGCCAUAAACAUGGCAUGGACAUGGCAUUGCCUGCUAUUUGCAGUUAGUAUGAGCUUCGCGAGCCUGCAAAACCAGUAGAGCACUACGUGAUACUGAAACUACCAAAACAUGAGAGCGCAGGCAGCACAGAGUCGAUCGAAAAUGACACUUUUUGAAUAUCUGCAUCAUUGUCAAGGGUAAUGUCAAUGAGUUCUUUUUUCUAAUAAACGAAUAGAAGUAGACAAGUGGCAUUUUCUUCUGUUUUAUAAUGCAAUGAUUUUUUUAUUAUCAAUUGUGGAGCAUUAGUGAUAUUAUAGUGAGACGUUACAUCAUCGGCCUAAUACUAGUACUCCCAGUAGAGUCUCAAUUCGUGUCCUCCAUUUACUUCAAUUUAUCACUUACUAAAGGUCUGUUCUCAAUAAUAUUGAUCGAGCAAUAUUCUGUCACUUUAGCUUGACUUAAUAUUUGCCUUUGGUGUCCUUACGAAAAAUGAUGACGGCGUAUGAACCAUGUAUGUAUCCUAAGACCUAUGAUGGCGAGCAGACACUGGUGGCAAGCGUGCGUUAAGAACAGGCUGAGCGUAUUCGCGGUUGUACUUUCAUUCUUUCCUCCAAUUCCCACCGUGCCCGGCAAAAGAUGGCUCCCCCCCUUAGAAGCCCUGCAAAUUAUGGUCUAUUGAAAGUAGUGCAUUUCCACCGUGAUGUUAUGGAAAUACACGAACAUAAUUUUCUGGCACACCUAUACGAAUUCUCGUUGAGUUGGACAGCGAUUCUGGGGUUAUCAUUUACUAUAGUGUUGCCACCCAACCCCAUCUGAAGCUUUGUUUUAUCAUCAUAUUCUGCACUACUGGAACAUACGGGUUUGCUGAUGGAUAUUUUGUGAGGCAAAGUGUGUUGCAAUUCGGGUUAUAUAGCUGCAUCAAUGAGCUGCAUCAAUGCUGCUUUCAGUUUUGCAGGUGAACCUAUUGUAUGCGUGCUGCACUCCGGCGACUGUUAGCUUUUCACUCGGGUGAUCUGUUUGAGUGUUGGUGGUAUUCUACGUGCACUGCAGUUUAUCUGUGUCUGUGUGGCUUCUUUCAAAGUUGAUAUGCGUGAGUGCAUAAAAAAUUUAUUCAUUCCAUUUUGCUGCGAUGAGGUAAAAGGCCUCCUUUCAAGUCCUCCUUUAACACAAAAGCAGAUGCCCUAAAAUGGCCAUGCUAAAGAUAUAACAUUAGGUGCAUCUAUGCAGAAAAUGCCUGUUUUUAAACCGUUGUUAUUUAUGUUCUUAUAGUGCUAUCUUCUAGCAUCAUGUGUCAUUGGGUUGAUACAAUGUUGAUACCACAAUGAGUUGCUUCCAGACGUGUCUCACUCAGCGAACUUUGCCCUUUUGGAUGUGCCCUCUGAAGUCGUAUGACUAUAGAAAGACUACAAGACAGAAAGCAAGUAGGCUGUGCAAGGUUUGGGCAUUAUAAGGUGUUCCUUAUUGAAGAUGGCAUGACAUGUACUGGUUACUGUUUUGUUGUAUAUUUUUCCAACCUUGUUUUCAAUCCCUGUUAUGUUUUGUAAAAUUAAAGUGUUUGUAACACUUCUGUAAUUGUUGCGCGGACCAUUUACAGUUUCCUCGUAAAGUGUUUUGUACUUGUUUGGAUACACAGCGCCUUGGUAUAGUAUAAAGUAUAUCAUAAUGGGGAAGCCUUAUAGACUAUGCUUCUUUGUUUCUAAGUUUGUAAGAAUUGAAGGUUUUCUCAUGAAGGGGGUUGUUACAUUUUAAGUUGGGACUACUUCAGUUUGCACAUACUUUAAAUAGAGAGUAAAAGUUUGUUGUUAUUAGUGCGGCUUCUAUUUUUUAGUCACUAAAAGUGUGGCAAUAUAGGAAAUAAGCUUCAUUUUAAGUCUUAGAAGGACUUGCAAUGCACCAACAAAGUUUUAUAUGCACAUACUGCAACUUAAAAAAAGAAAAGAGAGAGAAAGGCAAGAAGAAAAGUAAUAUUGUAGCUUUUCUACGAUUGCAGGAAUAAAAUAUCUAGAGGAUUGAAGGGGAGCUAUGUUCGGUUCCUCAUGCACUGUACUGGCUUUAGCUGCACAGACCCUAUCGCGUCAUAAAAAGUGCCAUGGAUCUAGGGCUGCCAGUUCAACGGCAGAAUAUGCCUCCUUCAUAGCUUAAAAAAAAAGGCGAAAGCUUGCACUAGGCUGCGCAAAGCUCAAGAUAUAGUGAAGCUGGUCGAUUGAUUGCGUCUCUUGGUUGUAGGUAGGUUGAACUUGGCUAUGUCGAGGUUUAAACUUGGUUAUAGCUAGACCUAUACUCGUGUACGUCAUCUGUGCUAGUGCUGGAAAAGCUGCAGUAGUACUGGAAAGGUGGCCCGCGCCAUCAUGCCACCGCAGCGCUAUCGCCGCCGCCAUAGCUGGUAUGACGUCAUGCUCCCCCACACCGUCGCGCUACCGUCGCGCACCUUUGCAGUACUAGCACAGAUGACGCACACGAGUAUAGGCCUAGCUACAACCAAGUUUAAACCUCGACAUAGCCAAGUUCAACCUAGCUACAACAAGAGACGCAAUCAAUCGGCCAGCUUCGCUGUGUCUUGAGCUUUGCGCGGCCUAGUGCAAGCUUUCGCCUUUUUUUUUCUCCUGGCUCAGCGCGCCGAGGAGAGAAGGAGGGAGCUGGCAAGGAGGAGACCGCGUGCGCAUGCGCCGCGCCACUCUCCUGGUUGCCAUGGCUACGGCGCAGCAGUUUCUUCAUACGAACCACACAUUACGGCUGGCUUAAACAGCUUUGCUGUUAAAAGCCCCCCCCCCCCUCUCAUUGUUUUUAUCUUAGUUACUUGAAAUAUUAGCAGUAAGCAGAGUUGCCAGAUGCCGCCUAGCAAACAAGCUAAUAAUCGUCCGAACAGAAGCCCCAAAAAAAGCGGCACGACUUUUGCAAAGAAGCCCUAAAGAAGCAGAAGUUGAACAGAUUUUCUCAUGCUUGAAAAUAGUUUAAUUAUAGUAUGAAAAAAUUGCACAAAUACAAAGAGAAGGUAAACAAAUAACUUUAAUUAUUUUGUACAAUGAAAAUAUGCGCAAGAAUGAACAAAAGCACUCAUUUACAUUUAAAAUAGCCUCCAGGGUAGUCUGCAGCCUGUUCAUUGCAUGUUUGCCAGUACAUGAAUAACGUUUUAUCAUCUCCGGUGACUGGGAAUAACGAGUCCUUGAGCUGCAUUUCCUUUUCCCACUCUUUAUAAUAUCUUUUUCCAUACUUUGACCACUUUGAAGCCUUUUUGUGCAAAGAACACUGGCAACACACUACGAUGACCACGAUUGCUGGGAACUGCAUUGAUGACUGGAUAGGGACAGUUUCGUAUUUCGUGACUCCUGCUGCUAUCGCAUAUAUUUAACGACAAAUGCACAUGACGGGCACUAUAAUAACAAUCUUUGCGGGAAAAACACGAAUGAGACCAGAAAAAUGUGACAAGCGACUAAAAAUCUACAAGCGACUCAGUGAAAAAAUAAGCCCAAAUCCACUAAUUCUAAGUGGAACUGGCAACACUGGCAGUAAGCUUCCUUUCUUUUGCUACUGUAGUUACUUUUCCUAUGUCGUGUGCAAAGUCAUCACAAAAAUAAAGAUUACCAGGCAAGUAAUCCUUGCAAUCACGGCUAUGUUUUCAAAGGGACACUAAAGAAAAAUAGCAAGUCAAGCUAGAUUGCUUUUGUAAUAACGAAUUUGUCAUUUGUAACGAAAACAGAGCUAUUCUAAGGGAGAAAAUGACGAAAAUAUAAAAACAGAGUAAUGCCACCUAUUGUGAACUAUGGUACCUCUCACAUGUGAUGUCAGCACAGGCUGUUUCACAUUGUGUGGCUGCUAUGUUCUACCAUAUACUACAUAAACUCCUUGAUCCCACCAAUGCAAGCCGCAUGGCUUUCAUUUUUUACGCUGCCGAGACACCAGCACCACCUGCUCCGGCCGCUAAGCACAGCCGCAGAGCAUGGAUAGCUUCAGCUACUUGUGCAAGCAAAACACCACGGUCUCUAAAAGACAUAACAGUAGCAUAGAGGGGAGGUCGCAUGGAAAUUAUGUCAACUCGUUCUUCUUGGUGUGGGCGAUUCAAAUUGAGGAGCCCCAGCGGGACCUUCGACGGCAAUUUGCUAUGCAACAAAGGGAUAUAUUGGCACACAGAGAACAAUGAUAGACUUCGACACCAAUACUUUUAUUGAUCUAGCUCAACUUAAUAUUUUACUUUAGUGUCCCUUUAAAGGGCUCUAAACCACCCAGAGGUCGAAAUUUAGUUGUGGUGUUGCAGUUGUGCACGAGUCUACAAGGAACACGUAGCUGCGAGAAUUUUUCGAAAUGGUGCCGUAAUAGCGAAGUUACACGCGUUUGAUGAUCGAAAAACGGCCCUCGCUCGUUUCGCUCUUUCCUUCGCUACUCUCCUCAUCGGCUGGUCUCCCCUCCUCGCCGAGUGCUUCUCGAAAGGUCAUGUGACAUACGUCAUCGCCAACGCGCUUCUCAAAACACUGCCUACUUCCGGUUAAGGCACGUCCACGCUAGCGGCACAUAUACCGACGGUGAACUGGCCGCCAGUGCCGUAGAACGUCUGCCGCGCGAGAGGUGUCCAAAGUAGACGGCAGUUCGGCCGGCGCCCCGCCCGCUGCACGAUCAACGGGCCAAUCGCGGACCGCGAAGCUGCGCGCAUUCGUCACCGGCAAUGAAAACAUCGGCUGCAGCUCAGCUGCAGUGCACGGCUACCGCCGGGAGACGACGGGCUCGGCUGUGCUCGCAUCGCAGCCGACGGCGUCGCUAAUAUCAGCGUAUUUUUCUUCUUUGUGUACAAUUAUUGCGAAGAGCAAUAACAACGAUAAGAAAAUAUUGCGGCUUGUGAGCGUCGGUAUUUCAUUUCGAAGUGCCGUCCGUUUUAGUUUUGAAGGGAACCAGAAAAGGGCUAGUGACGAUAUCGGCACCGUCGAGCAAUCAGUGGUGGUGAGGCUGCCACACAAAUGAGUCCCGGUCUCAUCCUCUCUACGUACGGCAAGGAAAUCUCGCCUUUCACAAGCAAAAACCGCUGUCGAACGGCGGCCCGCGAAUGGCAAACGGCGUGCGACGAGUUACCGUGUCGGUAACGUAGACUCUGCGCUUCUCGGCUACCCGCUGUUGCUGCGGUGCCAGCCCGUGUUAUGCGAAGUGUACCACUAUAGACCCUGUGUUGCGCGCACGUCUGGAAAGGCCAACACUGUCGCACUCUGUUCGCGCAGCUAAUCAGACCGCUAAGCACGACUGUGUUGGAACGCGAGCGAUUUAGCACUUGCCUUGCGGGCUGUAAUUACCGAUUCGCAAGGGUGCACAAACGAGCAACACGACGAGGAAGAGCAGAAAGCGCGCGUACCUGCUAGCAGACUAACCGGAAGUUGUAGGUUCUUGUUCAACCAAUGGACAUCGUUUCCGCUGUUGACAUCACCAGAUUCCCCCUGCUGACAUCGUGAUGACUGCUGGGGAUACCGGAAAGGCGACGGGAGGAGGACGGCAUUGUUUUUUUUAUUUUGUGGUGCUCCCGCAGCGCGUAGCGCUGCAGCAUUUGGCAUCGUUAAUCGUGACGGCAUUCUGAACUCGAUGUGCGUGUUUACUUUAAAUGUUAAAAAAAUAUCUGAUGUGGUUUAGGGUUUAAGAGAGCAGCCUGAUUCUGAGUGAAUUUUAAAAUUUUUCUAGCAAUCUUGAUGAAAUUAUGCAUACUUGUUUAGUUUUUCAUGCUGAUUUCAAAUAUUAUUUUGUUUUUGUGUGCAUAAAAUAUUUCAUAAGGUAAAUAAAAUUAAUUAGAAAUCACAUACCAUUGUUUGAGGUCUCAAUUGUGAAAAAAUGGCAGAAUAAAAAUUUUAUUUAAAUGCAUGGGUCAGCAGCCCAAAAAGUGAAGAAUGCAAUAAUGCAAGUGUUUUUAAAAAGUCGUCAAUAUAAGUGCCAUUAUAAUACAUUGAAGCUCACUUUUUGCAAUGUGGGAAUAAUGCUACAAAAAAUAGAGUAAAAUAAUUAAAUUUUGAUGCCAUAAUUUUAAAAUUUGCUUUCAUUAUAUCACUUAUCAUACAUGCAGCUUUCUACUGUUUAAAAAAGUGAUUCUACCUGUUCUGGGUGCUGAGAUAUCAACGAUAGCCGAUUGCAAGGAGUAAAAACAAAGUUAAUUGCAAGAACAUCUGAAAGAACAACUGAAGAUAUGAGAGAAACUGGUUUAUGGGGUUAAUUUUGUUAUUAUCUGACAAAAAUAUUGAUCCAUGAAGUGAGAUAAUUAAUAGAUUAGUGCAAAAAGAGUUAUAGACAUUUAAAAUGUAAGUUUUAGAAAUCCUAUUUUUUCACAAUUUUUGGCCUUCUAGGAACUGGCUGCCCCGUUAAAAAAGUUAGCUUGGACACGUACGCACAUUAAAAGGCAAAAAGGUGACUCGACCACUGCACUCGCAACUGAGAAGAAAACUGCUCAAUAUGCACUGGCACACCAUCGUGCUGCAAAAUAUUUAUGUUUUGUAACAAUCAAGGCAAAAAUUACAGACUUAGUAAUAGGGCAUUCAAUAACUGUCCUUGCUUCUAUGAAAUUACAGUUAACAUUCAUGCCUGGCUUAUGCACAUGUCUUCCUGUUUUGUGAUAUGAUACAGUUAAUGUUUUUGGUGAACUGCGGUCUUUUAUGUUUCAAUGCACUUAUCGUUUUGCUGAACAAAGGCUUAUAUAACCACUAUUAGUGCAAUGCCUUUCGAUAUGCAAGUGAUUAUUGCCACUCGCAGCCUUUUAUGGCUUCGUUAACCUUGUAUUAGUACACUGCAUUUGCUGUUUUUUAAUAAGCUCCAUGAAAUAAGUAGUGCUAAAUAGUUAAACCUCAUUUUUUUCUGCUUGUUGCAAGAGUUGCUCUGGAACAAGGAACUGCAAUUGAGCAGAAAGUCCUAAAAUGUGGCGGACACUUUGAUUGGUGAAACAGCAUGUGUGGCAUUCACAGAUCAAUGUCUGUUGCAGCCGUGGCUUAUAGAUGUACUAGUUCUGUUUUCUUGCAUAGUUGUGGGUGUAAAACACACUACACUUUCCCCAAAGAUAACUUUUUGGCUUUUAUAAAAAAAAAGAAAAAAAAAAACAUCAGGCAGAAAGUUCUGUCAAGGUGGGAAAUGUGAAUGCGAGUACGUGAGUUUGUGGCUCUGUACAGUGCAUAUCUACAACGUGCAUUACUUCAAUGCUCAACAAACUGAAAUUUGCUAUUUGUUUUCUUGUCUCUAAUGUCUGUCUUGAGGGCUCUUGUUAUUGGUUGUAAAGUUGCUUUGAGUGCUCGUGGAUAAUCAUGCACGCCCAAAAAAUUUGCCAUGUGUAUCAGAGUACUGUCAACAAAAACAAAGAGUGUGUGUGAAGGAAGUUUAGCAGUUUCUGGUCAAUAAAUGUUAAACACUGCAUUUAUCAUUGUAAGGUUAGUCCAAUCGAACUCAGUUAGGUAAAGUUAUUUCUACACUCAGUAUCUUCUUGAAAGUAUGUCAUAAUGCUGUGCAGUUAUGGUAUGAAGCCUCUUAGUGAUAUUUUCAUUUUAGCUGUCGUUUUGUUUUCUCUUAUGAUGGUACAGUUUUUCUUGCACUAAUUAUCUUUAGAAAGCCACUACCAUUCUUUGUAGAAAUAUAUUCACUGGCUGUCAUAAACUUUCAGUGCACGCUCUCAUAUGGGUCCUGAGUGUGCCAAGCAUGUAUCAGCAGGGCCCUGUGGAGUGCACGUAACUAACUGGUUCUGCUGCUAAUCAUACCAUCUGCACUUACAAGAUCUGCACUCUUCACACCCUAGCAGAUUUUUGUUGCCCAUCUCUCUAUUACAUUCAAACCUUAAUGUGAUGAAACAGCUUUAUUCCUUCCAAAUUAACAAGUGUGGAUUCCACCAAAGCGCCACAAAGCUUUAUGUAUGCCCUCUUUGCGUAGAGGAAAUUUGAUUAGGUGAAAUAAUGCAUUGCUGCCUUGAAUUUUGUUAGUUUGAGCUUUAAGUGAUGCAACAGUUAUAGCUGUUUGUGUGUUUUAAAAUGUCGAAAAUAAAAUUUAAAUGUGCAUGUCAGUUUAGUGGUGCACAAACAGCUUGUUUAGUAAAUUAAUUGAUGUUUAAUUUUCACUGUCUGGUUUGGUAUGUGCCUUGGUGGAAUAACUUGACAGUGAUGUGAAUAACGGAAAGCAAUGUCUGCAUUUUUACGGCAAAAGAUGUAGAAUUUUGGCCCAGUGCACAUAUUGAAAUGUGGAACAGGUGGAGUAGCAAUCUGUUCUGUCCACUACGUUUGAUAGUGUCCUGUCUGUUAUGCUUUAUCACUGUUCCAAUUUUUACAAAUGCCUAGGAAUCAAGCGGCCCCAAACUACAUAGUUAUAUGUAUCUACCUUGAAAUAGAUAGUUUGCUUCGAACACUACAGUGUUGUAUUGUCGUUGUGGUGCUGUACUGAAUUAUCAAAAACUUGGAAGGGACCUGACUUCCGCGUUCUUAUCAUUAAUUGAAAUGGCAAUUGUCUAUAAGGUUUAUAAUUCUAAUAUAAACAUUAAAGUUUACAUAGCAUGGCAUUGCGCAUCUUAAUAUAUUCUGCAUGCCUGUCUGUACAGAAGUGUAAGAAAGCUUAAAAGAGAAGACUAGGCUUUUAAUAAGGUGCAUUUUUACUGAUUAAUUAGUUAACCUUGUCCAAGACAUUAGUUGAAUAACUGGUAGAUAGUUAAUUACACAGACCUACUUUACAAGGAAAAAGUGACAAGGAUACAAUCAGUUCUUUAGAACUGGGACCAUUGUUUGCCAUAUUUACAAGGUAGAUGUACUACGUGGAGGUCUGCUGUACAUAUUUCAGUAAGUUGGUCAUUGGGCAGUAAGAGCGCUGUUUGUAUGUAUAUAGGAAUUAUAUAUUCUUUUUUUAUGUUAAAUUUGUUAUUUUUAUGGAUAUCUUGUAUCAAAAACUACACAAUAACUGAGUAUCUUUUGAAACCAUGUACUUCACUUGAAAUGAGUUUUAUUUUCAGCUGUGGUUGUAAAGAGUUCCUGGGCAUUACAUUUUCAUGUGGCAUUAUUCCUGGUGAAUUGGAGUGCCUGUCCUUGCUCUGUAUUUUAAUAAAAAUGUUAUCAUGACUUUG